AAUGAAAUUCCAUAGUUAAACGCUCUUAUAUAAAAUCUCAAUCAGGCUUUUCAUUCCAACGCGGCGGCGCGUGUAAUUUUCUGCAGACGCCAUGUCGGAACGUGAAGCUCUACCGCCGCUAUUCAAGCAGAAAUCAUGGUCUCCCGAUAUGCUUCGAGAAGAAGCCUGGCUCAAGCGAAAAGGAAAUUACCGCACGAAGCUCGCCGACCGUCGCCGAUCGAAGAGCGUCACCGACGACGACCUAGAAGAGCUUCGUGCUUGCUUUGACUUAGGUUUCGGGUUCGAUUCGCCCGAUUUGGAUCCGAAACUCACCGAAACUUUUCCUGCUUUGGGGCUAUAUCAAGCUGUGAACAAGCAGUACAGUAAUACAUUAUCUAGAUCUUCUUCGUCGUCUACUGUAGCUUCAGAUUUUGAUACGGUGUCGUUUGUUGAAAGCUCAAGCUCUAUUGUUGAUCCAGGUGAGGAUCCGGAGAUGGUGAAGACGAGAUUGAGACAGUGGGCACAAGUGGUGGCUUGUUCAGUACGCCAAUCAUCAUCAUCUUCUUAAAAGGCGUCUGCUAAAUUCGAAGAAAAUUUUCAGCAGAAUUUUUUUUUCGUAAAAAAAAUAUUUUUUAAAACAAAUUUUUCAAAAUUUGAAACGCCACCUAAUUAUUCCUUUCUCUUACCGACGGAAAAAGCAAUCCCUUUACUUCCAAAAAUCAACUAGGUACUAAUAUAUUGUAAGCAUUUAUCUUCUGCACUUUAGAGGUUUAAGUGUAACCAUUUAAUUUUUUGCACUUUUUGCAAGUGUGGGAUAUUACUAUUAUUCUUGGUAUAUAAUAACACUGACAUGUUUGUUCUAA